AUGGAUGCAUCUCAGGACAAUUCGAUGUCACAAUCGGAAUCAUUGUCCAAUUCCGAGCAGCAAUCUUCCGGUGUUCAGCCUAGUCAGCCUACGACCUCCAACGACAAAAGCCAGAACCCUCAAGCUCCUAAACGUGGCCGCCGUACCAAGAAAGAGAUGGCAGAGUGGCGGGAUCAACAAAAGAGAAUUCGACUCCAAAAAGAACAAGAUUGUGAAAUGGCGAAGCUGGUCAAGGAGCAAGAAAAGCAGGCUAAGAAGCUGAAGAACCCCAAAUCAACUCGUCCGAGCCAAUCAUCAGAGUUAGAGGAGACUGAAGAUCGAGGCAAGGCUUUUUCAAGCGAGGAUUACGAGAAUAUCAUGUCUUACCUGGAAGACGAAAAAAACUAUACAGCGAUAUAUGGCGAUGGCUCAAAGACGGCUGUUGGUGUCAAGCCGAUGACCAAAAUACAGGCUUUUGAAGUGUUUGCAACAUGGUUGAAUCAGCUCAACCCAGACUUAUUACUCAACGGCCGCCGACUUCAACAACGAAUCACUCGCUGGCGAAAAAAGUAUGUCGAGACGAAGAGGUUUGAGGAGAAUACUGGCGCAGGUAUUGAGGAGUUGGAUGGGCCCCAGAAUCUCUAUGAUUUACUUGAAGAGAAAUGUCCGUGCUAUCAUCGUCUAGAUAUCCUCCUGGGACAGAAGGCAAACGUCACCUCAAUGUACGAAUUCGACCACUCGAUGCCUUCUCAAGAGCUUCCACAACAUCUCCCGACUGAUGAAGAAGACGAUGGAGCGGUGGGGAAUAAUAAUCUGGAAGACAAACACGCCGAAAAUCAUAUGGACUCUUCUCCGGAAAUCUUUUAUUCCGGGUGGGAACCUACACAAUCGACUUCGGCUGACGAGCUCCCUGACUCACUGUCUCUACCAAACAGUACUCCGACUACUCGAAGUGUGAACUUGGCCAGUCUGAGCUCCCUUGAUCUUGCGGGCUAUCGUCCGUCACAAGCACCCUCUCAAGCACCAGCUGUCAAUUUACACAACAGUCAAUCACGUGCGGGCGGAACAUCAGGCCAAUCAAGGCCUCAGGCCACCCCAACUCCGUCCGAACGAGGUAGAAGCUCAAGUCGCGGCCGUGGCCGGCCAACCCCUAUUGGAAAAACUGGAUCGAUGUCCAAUGCACAGUCAGCUCCUCCUCAAGUAGCACCCAAGGCUACCUUAGCAGCGGCUUUCAGCAACUCUACCGACACCCGAUUCCAGAUGGUUGAAUCCCCGAUGAACAUGGAGAGAGAAAGGAUGAAUCGUGAAGAUGCCCGAGCCCAAAAAAAGGACGAUCAAGAGCGGUUGGCCAAUGAGAGAAAGGAUAAGCAAUUGGAUGCCCAACUACAAUGGGAACGAGAUCGAUAUCGCCUAGAGGAGGAACGAAUGAACAAAAAGGAGGCUCAGGAGAAAGCGAUUCGAUCUGAAAAAGCGUCGAUGGUGCGGGAGCUCAUUACCCAGGGUAUAUCACCCUCAGAAAUUGAAGCUCUUGUUCGAUUGAUUUAUUCCUGA